UGGGCUGGAUUAGAUAAGCUUCUGGAGAACGCGCUGGGUAUCUUAACUCAAUUUGCGCUGCCUCAUAAAAAGCCAACUUCGGAUACGAAAAACCUCGGGCUAUCUAGAUGGGCUAUCAUCUUAUGGUCCAAGACAAAGGCGCUAAACUCUCGCAUAUCCCCAGAAUUCGGUCAAGAUAUAUGGCCGUUCUCAGGUUCAACGAUCUAAUUUUAGUGCGCGAAUUGCAGCAAUGGCCGCCAUUUGAAUUGCAUACUACUUGCGCUAUUGAUUGUGCCUAAGUCUUUAUCACUAUGUAUCACUAUCAAAAAGCUAGAAACAGGUAAGAAUGGUGUUGUUGUGUGACCACUUUAUCGCCGGACAGCCAGUCCGUUGGGCCAAGUGCAAAAGCGUAGAAGAUGGUGGUUCUCCGGACAAACAAUCAACCGACGUCACCACUUCGCCUGGGAGCGUUGAAAUCAUUAAAAGCGCCUUUACCCAGCCGUUUUGGCUCAUUUUGAAUCCGUCGAGCGACGCGACAUGGAUGCUUCCAAGCAGACGAAUCUUAAACGCGAGCCUAAUCCGUUUAUAAAGGCCAAUUUUAUCUCCAAGUGGCUGUUCCUAUGGAUGCACAGUGUUUUCCGCAAGGGCCGACGUGAGGAGUUGGAUGCCAGUAAGUUGUACGAGCACCUGCCAGGAUUCGACAGUGAAUCCCUGACCAGGAAUCUUCAGCCCCACUGGGAGAAGGAGUCCCGGAGCAAGAACCCCAGUCUGAUGCGUCUGAUCUUCCGAGUUUACGGCUGGCAGUUUGUUCCCGUUUGUGUUUUAUACUCUUUGUUGGAAAUGGCUAUCCACUCCUUUCAGCCGUUGCUGCUCGGUGGACUGAUAUCGUAUUUUGCAUAUGGACAGACGACAGUGAGCAAGGAGAGUGCCUACCUGUAUGCCAUGGGCAUUGUCUUGUGCUCCCUGGUCACCUCCUUGGUGUUCCAUCCCUUCAUGUUCCAUGUGUUUGCGGUGGGAACGAGGGUGAGGCUAGCCUGUGCCGGCCUGGUCUACCGGAAAUGUCUUCGGGCCUCGGCGAGCAGUGGCGAAGGACUCGGAGCCUUGGCCAUUUCGGUGAUGUCCAUUGAUCUGUCCCAGUUCGAUUUGACGUUCUACUUCUUUCACGACUUGUGGAAGGGACCUGUGGAGGCCUGCAUCUUUGGCUACCUGAUGUACCGCCAGGUGGGCUGGACAUCUCUGAUUGGGAUCGCCUUCAUCGUGAUGUUGAUACCACUCCAGGCUUGGGCGGCCAAAGGUGCUGCGCACUUCGGAUCCCAAUCCGCAAAGCACCGGGAUGAGCGGGUCAAACUGAUGAAUGAGAUCAUCAGCGCCAUUCAGGUGAUCAAGAUGUAUGCGUGGGAGAAGUCCUUCGGACGACUGAUCGCCGAAGUGCGGCAGUCGGAGGUGAAGGCCAUCCGGGGAUCCAUGAGCAUCUACGCCGCCUUGCAGUGCACCAACAUGAUCUCCAAGAUAUCGCUCUUCCUCAGCCUCAUAGCCUAUGUCUAUGUGGGCGACCUUGUGACCGCCAAAAAGGUGUUUAUCCUGUCCUCCUACUAUGGCCUACUAAACGAUUCCCUGCUGCACUACUGGCCCAUGGCCAUAACCACUUGGGCCCAGACUUUGGUCAGUGCCCGUCGUGUGGUGGAGUUCCUCCUGCAGGCGGAGAAGCCCGAAGAGGAGUCCUGCUGCCGGGACAACCCCGGACUGGAGUUGGAUGCGGAGAAACCGAAACCGGCGCAGAGUGGCCGUCUGCAUUGCGUGAAGAGCGAGUCGAAGUGCCUGAGUUUCCGGAAGGUGAGCGCCAGUUGGGACAAGACGAGCAUGAAGCAUCCCAGGAAGCCACACAUCGAGGGCAUCUCCUUCCACAUCAAUGCCCAACAAUUUGUGGGCAUUGUGGGUAACGUGGGCUCUGGCAAGAGCACCCUACUCCAUGCCAUUCUCGGCGAGAUUGAGCUGAUGCGGGGACGUGUGGAGAUCCAUGGCAGGAUUAGCUAUGCCGCCCAGCAACCGUGGGUUUUUCAGGGCAGCAUCAGGGAGAAUAUCCUGUUUGUGGAGCAGUACGAGGAGCAGCGAUAUCGGGCAGUGGUCCAUGCCUGCCAGUUGGACAGAGAUCUGGAACUGCUGCCUCGGGGCGAUGCCACCGUUGUGGGCGAGCGAGGAAUCAGUCUGAGUGGUGGCCAAAAGGCCAGGAUUGCUCUGGCCAGAGCUGUGUACCGCCAGGCGGACAUAUACCUAUUCGACGAUCCCUUGGCCGCCGUCGAUGCCCAAGUGGGCAAACUGCUGAUGGACAAGUGCUUCCAUCGCCUGUUGGCCGGCAAAAUGCGCAUUCUGGUCACCCACCAUGUCCAGCUGCUCAAGACGGUGGAUCAUCUGCUGCUCCUCGAAGGAGGAGAACUCACCCAGCAGGGUAGCUAUGAGCAACUGAAGGAUGUGAUCACCCGUCAUGCUGCUCUGGAUCUGGAGGGCAUUGAGGCGGACAAGCAGCAGGUGAAGCGAGUGCUCAGCCAGGUGGACAGGACAUCCAAGCUCAGCAAGGGCGAGGUGGAGCAUCCAAACGCUGAUCCAGAGGAGCAUGGCCACCAAGAGCAGCAACUUCAGGGAGCUGUGAGCUAUGAUACCUACAAGGCUUACUUCCGAGCUCUGGGUACCCCGUUCUUGGUCUGCCUGGUGCUCUCCAUGUUUGUCCUUGCCCGCGGAUGCCAGGCACUCAUGGACAUCUUCAUCUCGCGGUGGGCCACCUGGGAGGAGGACCGCGGCUACGAUUCGGCGGAUGACUACGAGGCCACCCGCACCAAGAUGGUCACCUGGUACACGGUGCUCCUUUUGCUCACACUGGCUCUGUUCCUGCUGCGCACCUUUGGCUUCUUUUUCAUGUGCCUGCGCAUCUCGUUGACGCUGCACGACCAGCUUUACCAUGGUGUAAUCCGAGCCUGGAUGUACUUCUUCAAUGCGAAUCCCUCGGGAAGAGUGCUCAACCGUUUCUCCAGUGACAUCCAGAACGUGGAUGUGAACCUGCCGCAGGCCAUGAUGGAUUCUCUUCAGUUUCUGGUGGAUGUGGUGGCUGUGCUGGUCAUUGUGGCUAUUGCCAAUUAUUGGCUUCUGAUCCCAGCGGCCAUCAUGGUGCUGCUCCUGUACCUGUGCCGUGCCCUUUAUAUAGGAGCCAGUCGGAGUCUGAAGAGGAUUGAGAGCUUAACCCGCAGUCCAAUUUACUCGCACACAAACCAAACCUUCCAUGGCCACUCCACCAUUAGAUCCAUGGAGGCCAUGCCGCAGCUGGAGCAGACCUUCCAUGGCCACCAGAACACAAACUCCUCCGCUCUGUUCCUCUACGUUAGCGCCAAUCGGGCGUUUUCCUUCUGGACAGACCUGAUUUGUGUGGUGUACAUUCUGGCCGUUACCUUCAGUUUCCUGGUUAUCAAUCAGAGCUUCUACAGCGGCGACGUGGGCUUGGCCAUCACACAAUCCAUGACCUUGGUGAUCAUGUGUCAGUGGGGAAUGCGGCAGACUGCCGAAAUGGAGAACAACAUGACCAGUGUGGAACGAGUGCUGGAGUACGCGCAGACUCCAUCGGAGCCACCGCUGGAGAGUCCGAAUGGUGUGAAUCUUCCCUCUGAAUGGCCAAAGGCCGGUCACCUCCGGUUGCGAGAUCUCCGCAUGCGAUAUGCCCCGGGAGAUGAGGACAUCCUAAAGGGUCUGAACUUUGAGUCGCAGCCCAUGGAGAAAAUUGGCAUUGUUGGUCGCACGGGUGCGGGCAAGUCGUCCAUUAUUCAGGCGCUGUUUCGACUGGGACUCAACGAGGGAACCAUUGAGAUCGAUGGUCUCGAUAUUGGCCAAUUGGGUCUCCACGAUCUGCGCAGUCGAAUCUCAAUAAUACCCCAGGAUCCAGUACUGUUUUCUGGAACCCUGCGCUUCAAUCUGGAUCCCUUCGGCGAGAAGAGCGAUGAGUCGCUGUGGAGCGCUCUGGAGGAUGUGAAACUGAAGAAACAUGUGGCCUCUCUGGAGGGAGGUCUCUCUUGUCACCUGAAGGACGGUGGCUCCAACUUCAGCAUGGGUCAGAGGCAACUGGUGUGCCUGGCCAGAGCUGUACUGCGGCAGAAUCGAGUUCUUGUCAUGGAUGAAGCAACUGCAAAUGUGGAUACUGAAACCGACAUCCUGAUCCAGGAAACCAUUCACACGAAGUUCGCUGAGUGCACGGUUCUCACAAUCGCACACAGAUUGCAUACUGUGAUGGAUAACGACAGUGUGCUGGUGAUGGAUGCCGGCAGGAUUGUGGAAUUUGGAGCACCGCACAAGCUGCUGCAACGCAAGGAUGGAGCUCUACUCAAGCUGGUCAAUCAAAAUGAUGCCGCCACAGUGAAGUUUCUCAAGAAGAUUGCAGCAGAGAGUUACAGGCGUCGCAACCAGAGGGAUUCCCUUACAAUAGCAGAGGAACAACUGGAAGAUUGAGCAGCAAUCGUCGCCUGGAAAUAGGAUCUAAUCCGACAAGCUGCGGCCUUU